UGGAAACACACCUGAAACUAGAGGAACAGCAUUUGUUGUUUAUGAAGAUAUUUUUGAUGCAAAAAAUGCAUGUGACCAUUUGUCUGGAUUUAAUGUUUGUAAUCGAUAUUUAGUAGUACUAUACUACCAAUCCAACAAGGCAUUCAAGAAAGUUGAUACUGAUAAGAAACAAGAGGAAAUAGAUAAAGUCAAAAAGAAAUAUGGAGUUACUACUGAUGACUAGUGACACACAAAACAAAGUGGUGAAAAAAUAUACACUUCUUGUACAUAUUUGAGUUUUUAUUUCCUUUUUUUAUAAAAUAGUAAAGGGAAGCAUAAUCUUUAAUUUGUAUGUGUUCAAAAUAAAAUAUGUUUGCCAAAAA